UAGGCUUGCCAGACCGCCGGGAAAUCCGGGAUUGUCCCGGAAUCUUGCCUCUUGUCCCGUGUCCAGGAAUUAGCGCUCAUUGUCCCGGAUUUUGAAAAGUUAUUAUUUUUUAACAAAAUAAACUAGCAACGAAUGGAAUGACAUGGCUGCCGGUGAGCGAGUGCGGGAGGCGCGCGGGACGGGAGUGCGUGCAAUAGUUUUACUUCACUCGCCCGCGCCCGCCGCCUCCUCUCUCUCGCCCGCGUCCGCUGUCGCUCGCCCGCGCCGCGGCCGCCGCCCCCUCUCUCUCGCCCGCGUCGGCGCGUCCGCUGUCACUCUUUCAGUCGUGUUUUGCUUUGAUUGAAUCAGACGCGUCACGCGUGCGAAACUGCGAACUGUGCGAUACAAUUACUCAUCAUGGAGUCGUAUCCAUCCACAAGUAAAAAAAGAUUUACAGGAUUUAAUGAUAAGUGGAUCACCGAUCCCGAUUUUAAAGAGUGGAUAGAGAAAAAAAAUGAGUUUACUGCAAUUUGUAAAGCAUGUAACUCGGAUAUUGCAAUUCAAUAUGAAGGUCGCCGCGCGCUGGCAGUAAGUAUUUUUUUACUUAUAUCAAAAUUGUAAUCGUAUUAAGUUUCAGUGUAUGCAAUAACAGAGCGCAACGUUUUCCAAUAACGCGGUGUUACAUAAAGUAUUGAGAAAAUCACGAAUUACUGCAAGUGGUCUCGUCAGUGGUAUCCAAAAGUUAUGAGUAUUAAAAAAACACGUUGUACUUAUAUACGAUAACAUCGCGUGCGUUUGUUUCGCAUGUAUACAUCUAAUUAAUUUCAAAUUUGUUAUAUGCAUUGUUCUAGGCUCACGCUAAUAGUAUAAAACAUAAAAAGAUGGUGAUGGCUAGGAAAACUUCCAAAUGCUUGGAUGCUUUUUUUAUAAAAAAGCACGCCUCAGAAGAAAUUUCUAUAAUAAAUUCUGAAGUGGCUCUUAUUUAUCAUAAUGUGAAGCAUGGUUUGAGUUACAACAGCUUGGAUUGUUUGGCAAAAAAUAUUAGCAAAUUCAUUCCAGAUAGUCAAAUAGCAGCAAAAUUGACAUGUGGACGAACAAAAGCAUCGGCAAUAACACGCAAUGUUUUAGGACCCUAUUCACAAGAAAAAGUGAUCUCUGAAUUAAAAGAAUGUUAUUAUUUUUCCGUAGCCUCAGAUGCAUCAAAUGUUGGUAAUUUAAAAACAUUUCCCUAUGCCGUUCAAUAUUUUAAUUGUAAUAAAGGUAUAUGUAGAAAAUUAUUGGACUUUUACGAGGAAGCUGAAGAAACAUCGCUCGAUAUAUAUAACUGCCUUAAAAAAAUUACCACUGACUCUAAUCUCAGCAUGGAUCAAAUAAGUGCAUACAGUGCAGACAAUGCUUCUGUUAAUUAUGGUGCCCAUAAUUCUGUAUUCCAGAAAUUAAAAGAAGAAAAUAAUCAUAUUUUUAAAGCCAAUUGUUAUUGCCACGUUGUUAAUAAUUGCGUAAAAUAUGCAUUAAAAGGCCUCGAUGUUGACAUAGAAAGCAUCGUCAUAAAAAUUUAUAAUGAGUUCAGUUCAUCAGCAUUAAAAACAAAAAAAUUGAAAGAAUGUUGUGAAUUUGCCCAAAUAGAGUAUAAAGAACUGCUAAGACAUGUACCUACAAGAUGGUUGUCACUUUUGCCAGCUAUAGAUCGCUUAAUUCGGAGUUGGCCUGCUGUUAAACAUUAUUUUUUAUCAAAAGGUCGUGAUAACUGCCACAAGGUGCUAUGGGAUUUUAUUUCAGAAGGUUGUAGUACUGAUUUUAUGAAUAAUGAUGAUGAAGAAUGUAAAAAAGAAGGUAAAAAUGACUGUUACCUUUUCUUCCUGAGCAAUAUCUUGCCUGAAUUUACAAAAGUGAUAUUGCUAUUAGAAAGUGAGAGCUUCACUAUUUUGGACAUUGAUCAUGCCAUGCGAAGUCUUCACGACCAAUUAAAAAGUAGGAUGGCUGAUAACUUUUUUGGGAGCAAAGUCAGGGACAUUUUCAGAAAACUUGAUGAAGAAGAAAGAGCUCUAUUUAAAGGACAGGUGCAUAUUUUUCUGCAAAGAGCAUUAAAAUAUAUAGAAGAAAGAUAUGAUUUUAGUACCGAUGGAAUCUACAAAAAGUUUGAACUUUUGUCCCUCAAACCACAGGAAUUAAAAUUGACUUGGGAAGUGCUUUCCGAAUUGCCCAUGAUAUUAAAUAUAGAAGACGCUAUUAAUAUUGACUCCCUUUACUCAGAGUUUGCAUGUCUGAAAACGGUAUAUAGGGAGCUUCCGAAAGACUUACCAAACGACGAAAUAUGGGCCUAUUUCUUCAGAAAUAACACGUCCACAAAUUUCGAUAAUUUAAAAAAAAUAGUUGGUUUCGUUCUUUCUAUUCCAACAAGCAAUGCCUUUUGCGAAAGAAUAUUUAGCCUACUGAAUAGUUUAUGGACUAAAGAGCGAAACCGGAUGUCCAUGGAUUUAAUCAAGUCCGAACUGCAGACUCGUAUAAACUUUGACGUGUCUUGCUCAGAAAUUCUAACAGUCUUACAAAGCUCUGACGGAGAAAAACUAAUAAAAAUGGCAAAAUCCAGUGAAAAAUAUUUCAAAAAAUGAUUUGAUCGCCGUUUUAUUUAACAUUAUUAUUUACGUUCUAUCAGAAGAAGUUUUAUUUUUAUUAGAAGAUACAUAAUUUGUUUGUACUGAUUUCCUACCAACUACCAAAGCUUAAUAACAAAACAUUAUGUACCAAAAAGCAAGGUACCGAUUGUUUUUUAAGUUAGGAAUUUAUUGAUAUAAGAUUUAUUUAAGAACUGUCCCGGAUUUGAUAAGUUCCUAUCUGGCAACCCUAGAUGAUGC